AUGGAUCAAUCUACAGAAGCAUUGAUUGAACGAAGCAAUGGGUGGGAGAGUCGGUUUACCGCACCAACUCUGGCCCUCCAAUCUUUCCUAGACAGGAUCCCGCACAUCGCGUUUUUGGAACUUGUCGAAUCUCCAAUGGUAGACUUCGCAUAUCGAGAGUUCUACUACGAUUGCAUGUCUUUAGCCGACACCCGUUUCGGUAUUGAAGGCAUUCGCAAGAAGGAGGAUGACGAGUUACGUAUCAGGCUAGACGCCUUCCUGCGCGCAAUAAGCGACUUCGAGGCGAGACCUGAUCUCGAUGCAGAACUGUUUUCUGUAGUGAAAGACGUGGGUGAGCUCAGAGGCACUAGAUUUGUAGAUCCAACCGAUGACCGACGACAGGUAAAGAAGACGUGGCAGGCCUAUGAACAUAUAGCGCAUUUUAUGCGACGUCUUUACAGCUUUACCAUCGAACUGGAUUUGGCUAUUAAGCCACUCGUAUUAGAUGCGAAGAAACGGAUCCCAAUUCUACUCGGCGCCCUCAUGGUUUGUAUGCGCGUACAUCAAACGAACCAGUAUCCGGAGUUAGAGCAAGUAGGUACACCCGGUACCCUGAGCUCAAUCCCCUUCGACAUCGACCGUUGGCUGGCCCGUUUUCACAACGUCGAUGAAGAUACUCGUUUGCGGCUUUAUACUAUUUCUUCGGAUAUUCGUGAUUCGUAUCGUGCCGAGGCGCAGAACGAGUACUGGCACCAUGUCGAGUACUUCUCGAUGUUUGCCAAAUACGCAGGAUCCGAUUUUGAAGAGUUUCACGCUCUUAAAGCGCGAGGGUGGUGGUGGCAUUGUGACAAGGGGCGUGCCAUCCCCUGCGUCUUUAACGUUGAGGAUUCCUAG